AAAAAAAACAAAACCUUUUUUUUCACCGAUCUGUUGUCCUUUUGAUCUCUGAUUCUUCUUCAAUGGCGUCAACAACGCGAGAAAAGUUCGUAUCUUUCAUAAACAACCGAUGGCUUGUCUUCGUUGCCGCCAUGUGGAUACAGUCUUGCGCCGGUAUCGGUUACUUGUUCGGAAGCAUUUCUCCGGUCAUCAAAAGCUCUCUUAACUACAACCAGAAGGAGCUCGCCAGGCUCGGAGUGGCGAAGGAUCUUGGCGACAGUGUCGGCUUCAUCGCAGGGUAUCUCUCGGAGAUGUUGCCUCUCUGGGCUGCUCUUCUCGUCGGCGCUGUUCAGAACCUCGUUGGUUAUGGAUGGGUUUGGCUUAUCGUCACUGGCCGUGCUCCGAUUCUUCCUCUAUGGGCUAUGUGUAUUCUCAUAUUCGUUGGGAACAACGGAGAAACCUACUUCAACACAGCGUCGCUAGUCUCUGGCGUUCAAAACUUCCCCAAGAGCCGAGGUCCAGUGGUGGGCAUCCUCAAAGGAUUCGCCGGCCUAGGCGGUGCAAUGCUCUCUCAGAUAUACACAGUCAUCAACUCUCCCGACCCCGCCUCUCUCAUUUUCAUGGUCGCCGUUGCCCCUGCGGUUGUCGUUAUUCCGCUAAUGUUCUUCAUCAGACCCGUUGGUGGUCACAGGCAGAUUCGUCCAACAGAUGGAUUUAGCUUUACUUUCAUCUACGGCGUUUGCAUUCUCCUCGCGGUUUAUCUCAUGGCCGUUAUGCUUAUCGAAGAUCUCGUCGUUGUUAGCCUUAACGUAGUCACCGCGUUCACCGUUGUGUUGUUUUUCAUUCUUCUUGCACCGGUCUUGGUCCCAAUCAUGACGAGUUUCUUCAGUGAUUCGAACGGUCCUGCUGAUAUGGUGGAGGAACCACUUGUACCUAAACGGGAAGGCGACCAAGAUCCAGGGCUCCGGACACCUGAUUUGAUCCUGAGUGAAGUGGAAGAUGAGAAACCAAGAGAUGUUGAUUUGCUUCCUGCUUCAGAGAGGCAUAAGAGAAUUGCUCAUUUGCAAGCACAGCUAAUGCAGGCAGCUGCGGAAGGAGCAGUCCGGGUGAAGGGAAGGAGAGGGCCGCACAGAGGUGAAGAUUUUACUCUAAUGCAGGCACUCGUGAAGGCAGACUUCUGGCUGAUAUUCUUCUCACUUCUGCUCGGUGGUGGUUCCGGUUUGACUGUAAUAGACAAUCUUGGUCAGAUGAGUCAGUCUCUUGGUUAUGACAACACUCACGUGUUUGUGUCUAUGAUCAGCAUUUGGAACUUCCUUGGACGUAUCUCCGGCGGUUAUUUCUCUGAGCUCGUUGUCAGGGACUAUGCGUACCCAAGGCCUGUAGCAAUGGCCGUGGCUCAGAUAGUAAUGGCCGUGGGACAUGUUUGUUUUGCCUUCGGAUGGCCUGGAGCCAUGUACAUUGGCACACUCUUGAUUGGACUCGGGUACGGUGCUCACUGGGCUAUUGUCCCAGCCACUGCCUCUGAGCUCUUCGGUCUGAAAAAGUUUGGAGCUCUAUACAACUUCUUGACGCUGGCCCUCCCGGUCGGGUCCUUCGUCUUCUCGGGUAUGAUUGCGAGCAGCAUAUACGACAUGGAAGCUGAGAGACAAGCGCACGGGUCUGUUUUUAAUCCGGAUGACGUCCUUAAAUGCGAAGGUUCAAUAUGUUACUUCUUGACGUCGCUUAUAAUGUCUGGCUUCUGUAUCGUCGCUUGCAUCUUGAGUAUGAUUCUCGUGCGUCGUACCAAGUCUGUCUACACUCAGCUCUAUGGCAAGACCCGCGCUUAAUCUGUUCCUUUUGGCUUCUUAUUCAUUGGUUUUGUUUUGCCUUUGCCGAUACAGAAGUUUUUGCUCUGGUCUCGAUUUUUUUGUUGUUGUUGUUGUUAUUGUCAGUUUUGUUUGUUGGUUUGUAUUCAUAUCCACGGCACACAUCUACGAUUGGUAGAUUUAUAUAAAAGAUUAUUAGAAUAAAUGUUCCAUUUUGGAUUAUGACAUUUUAAAUAUAUAAAGUUAAUUAAAAGCA